GUCUCUUGUUUUUAUCUCUUCCUCCCACCAGUGUCUCUCUCCCUUUCAUCACUUGAUUAACUUGAACACCAAUAUUUUUCUCACAGCACCACCAUCAGCACCAUAAUCAUGUGUGCAACCUUCAACAUUCUUGUUCUCUUGUUAUCACUUUUACUCACUUCUUCUUCUUCUUUUUUACAGCCUCGCCGUGUUCUCCAUCAACCACUUUUUCCGACAAUCUCUGUUCCGCCAGCAGAAGCUCCAAGUUAUUUACCUCCUGAGCCUCAACCAAAGCAACAACACCAACCCAAGAUUCCAUUUUCUUCUAUUUCAUCAUCUUCACCACCUCCGCCGCAGAAACCUUUCUUCCCUUCUUACCAUUCUCCGCCAUUGCCACCUUCUCCCGCCGUCGUCGCCACUUUUCCGGCCAACAUCUCCUCCCUCCUCCUCCCCCACCCCGUCUCCCGCCACCACCGCUCCGCCGCCGCCCUCGCCGUCUCUCUCUCUCUCUGCUCCCUCGCCCUCCUCGCAGCCGUCGUCGCCUUCCUCCUCCACCACCACCGCCGUACACACUCCUCCUCCGAUGACAACGACGACGACAAAGCCUCGAGAUCGGAUAGCCUCCGCCUGUUCCCGCCGAACACCGCCGCCUCCGACGGCGCCGACCGCAAACCCCACGAUAAAGCCAGCCCCACAUCGGAGCUUCUUUACCUCGGCACGGUGGCGAACUCGGUCACCACCACCACCACCACCACCACCACAACAACAACCAUAGACUCAAGCUCCAGCCACCACGAAAUUUUCCGGCCAGCGUAUCAGAAAUUCGGCGACUCGCCGGAGCUCAACCCGCUGCCGCCACUGCCACGUCACAAAUUCAAACCAUGGACUACUGAAGAACAGAACAAUGAUAAAGAUGUAACAGAAAAAGAAAAAGAAGAAGAAGAAGAAGAAGAAGAAGAGUUUUUUUCUCCAACAGGUUCUUCUGGUGGGAACAUUAACAAACAACAACAGAGUCCUCCUUCUCCUUCUGCACUUGCUUCUGCUUCAAGCUCACGCGUUUUCCACGUGGAUAAAUUCGGUUCCAGAAGCUUCACUUCUCGAACCCCUUCUCACCCACGUUCAAAUUCACUCUCUUUUUCUCGUUCCCCUUCUCUGAAUUUCAGCCCCGCAAGUGUUAAAUCAUUGCCACCGAACACCAACCUUGCUUCCCCUUCUUUCUCUUCAUCCUCUUCUUCUCCCAGGGAAGAAUGGAAUGUUCCUUCUCAUGGGAAAAAUUCUCCGGCGACCACCACUUUACCUACUCCUCCUCCGCCGCCGCCUCCUCCUCCACCGCCGCCGCAGUUUUGGGAAACUCCGGUUGAUAAAAGUGUUACUUUUAGGAAUGAGAGUGAGGAGACUCCAAAGCCAAAGUUAAAAGCUUUGCAUUGGGAUAAAGUUAAGGCCAGCUCGGACAGGGUCAUGGUUUGGGAUCGCCUGAGACCAAGUUCUUUUCAGUGCAGGUUGAACGAGGACAUGAUUGAAACACUUUUCAUGGUAAAUAAUCAUAAUAAUUUCAAGGAGGGUUUUGGUGUUGCGAUUAGAGAUAAUAAUAAUCCUCGGCGUCAAAUGGUUCAUUCUGCUUCUCCAAUGCCCUUGGAAAAUAGGGUGCUUGACCCUAAGAAGUCUCAGAACAUUGCCAUUUUGCUUAGGGCGCUGAAUGUGACCAUUGAUGAAGUUUGUGAUGCUCUCAGGGAAGGCAAUUGUGAUACGUUGGGGACGGAACUUCUUGAAAGUUUAUUGAAGAUGGCUCCAACUAAAGAUGAAGAAUCUAAGCUAAAGGAGUUUCAAGAUGAAUCUUCCUUCAAGCUUGGCCCGGCUGAGAAAUUUCUGAAAGCCGUGCUUGAUAUUCCUUUUGCAUUUAAGAGAGUGGAUGCUAUGCUCUACAUUGCUAACUUUGACUCAGAGUUAGAAUACCUUAAGAAGUCCUUUGAAACUCUGGAGGUGGCCUGCGAGGAAUUAAGGAGCAGCCGAAUGUUUCUGAAGAUUCUCGAAGCAGUGCUGAGAACAGGAAAUCGAAUGAAUGUUGGCACCAAUCGUGGUGAUGCUCAUGCCUUCAAACUGGACACGCUCUUGAAGUUAGUUGAUAUUAAAGGAACCGACGGAAAGACUACUCUCUUGCAUUUCGUUGUACAGGAAAUUGUCAGAACCGAGGGUUCUCAUAUUUCUGGUUCUAAUCAUCCCCAUGCCUCUGACAAUGGCCACCAAUAUACUCUCCAAGAUGAGGUUGACUUCAAGAAGCUUGGUCUGCAAGUUGUUUCAGGCUUGAGUGGUGAGCUCACCAAUGUUAAAAAAGCAGCUGCUAUGGAUUCGGACGUGCUCAGUAGUGAUGUUGCUAAACUUUCCAGAGGAAUCGAAAAAGUUGUGCAAGUUGUAAAAUUGAACGAGGAGUUGCCUUUGAAAGAAACUAACAAAAAAUUUUCGGACGCAAUGAAAGGUUUCUUGGAGAGGGGAGAGCAAGAGCUUUCAACAAUCCAGGCCCAAGAGAAAAAUGCCCUCUCUUCAGUUAAGGAGAUAACUCAGUAUUUCCAUGGAAAUUCAGCAAAGGAAGAAGCUCACCCAUUUAGAAUUUUCAUGGUUGUGAGGGAUUUCCUUUCAAUACUAGAUGGUGUUUGCAAGGAAGUUGGUAAAGUAAAUGAGAGGACUUUGGUUGGUUCCCGUCAGUCUGUAAUGCCUGCAAAUUCUAUAAUGCAAACCUUUUUCCCUGAGAUUAUUGGUAAGCAACCAUCUGAUUCCUCUGAAUCUGAUUAACCUCUCAAAUCCAAUCUGACCCAGUUGUAACAGGUUGAAGUAGUUUGCACAUGUUUGAUCAUUGAUGGGUUUGAUUUUCAUCAUCCAAAUGUUAUCAUGUGAAAGUGACAUUUUCACUCAAAUCCCAUUGAACCAAAAACCCAGCUUUUCCCCUAUGAUGAUGAAACAAAGCUCAUGCUAUCAUAGCUCUUGUUUUCCUUCCUAUAUAGCUCUGUAUAUGUUUUACUGCCUAGAUUAUAUAAUGAGUACUUUUUUUCUCCGUUUUGUGCUAGGUUGGCUGCUUCUCUAUAUUUGUAUUCAUAAAUGAUCAAUAACAAAUUUUGGGUUUGUUUUUUUUUUCUUCUAAACUUCUGUAAAUUGAGACUUGUGAUUUGUAAAUAAGAUGAAAUUACUAAUA